GGAAACCAUAAAUUUGUUUGUUAUACAUAGUCAAUGGUCACAAUAACUGUUAUCUUAGACAAUAGAUAUUGUGAAAUGCAGCCACUGCUCAGACUAAAGUGAAAUUAAUAAGUGUCUUGACUGGUUCACAUGUAGCAUUAUUUCCAGGUGUGUGUUCAAAUGUUGUCAGCCUAAACUACUCUAUUACUCAGUUUGAAAACUAACACCCACUUUCAAGGCUGGAGGGGCAUUCUUCAUUGGAACAGAAAAAGACAUGCCAAAAAAACUCUAUAUACUUGACUAACAUGUUGAACUAGUCCUGUGCCUCAAUGAAACCCUUGUCGAAUGAAGUGACCGCAUCUUUCAACAAGACCAGCCCUCUACCUGAAGUCGAUACCUGUGUGGAUACAUUACACCUACCUUCAAACAGAAAACAGAAAAACUCUUCAUUGCACAGAAGAAACCAGCAUAUUUCAAGGACACUCUUCACAUGCAAGUGUGUCAGUGCUGAUCGCAACAUCUAUGUAUUAGCCUAUAAAUGAACAGGUUUAAAAACUCUAAACUUCAUCAACUGUGAUGGACAGUAAGAAGUCAGAUGAAGAGAUAGAUGACUCUGAGGAAGAUGAGAAUGAUUCUGCAUUGGAUUCAUCAGCCAGCUAUGCAACUCAUGAAAUAUUGUAUGAAAAUUUGCCGAACGUAGAGGAAACCGAUUUAACUGCAUCAACAAAUGAACCUGAAGAAUUGCGCAUCAUGUUACUGGGGGCGAGAGGGUCUGGAAAAAGCUCCACCGGAAACACCAUCCUCAGGUGCAACGCUUUUAAAUCAGACAUGCAGCUGAGCAGAGUCACACAGUUCUGUGAAAGAGCAUCUGGAAACAUCAACGGCCGGUCCGUGGCCAUAAUCGACACGCCGGGACUGAACAGGAUCGGCCGUACGGAGAGGGAAGUGACCCGAGAGAUCCUAAAGUCCGUCUCUCUGUAUACUCCAGGACCACAUGUGUUUCUGCUGGUUAUGCCUGUUGGGAACUUAACUGAUGAUGACAGAAGCAUGCAUAAACUCAUCGAGAGCAUGUUUGGGGAGAGUAUCUGGAAGUACACCAUCAUCGGGUUCACUCAUGGAGAUCGUCUGGAGGGAAAGGCGCCAAAUGCCGUCAUUGCGUGCUCAGACAUGGAGCUCCGCAGUUUCAUCCAUAAGUGCAGCGGCGGGUUCCUGUUCUUCUAUAACAAGGACACGACAAACUAUGAGCCCGUCACAGAACUCUUGAAGAGAGUCGAGACCCUCGUGGCCAUCAAUGGAAAGAGCUGCUACACGUUGUCUUUUUAUCCGGCCUCAGAGAGGAAGAUCAGGAAGAAAAUGGAGAAGAUUUUAGAGAAGAGAAAGGAGAACAUUGCACAGCAGGAGAGAGACCUGGUAAUAUACUGCAAAACUGAGCAGGAGCUGGAGAGAAAAAAGCGGGAACUCUGGAGAACAGAAGAAGAUGAUGCAAGAAAAAAGGCUGGGAAUCCAGCCAAACAAAAAAUGUCAAUCAGUCUAGCCAAACACCACCCAUCAGGCCAAAAGUCUUCCACUUAGAAACUCUUAUUUGACAAAACUUGGGUGAUAUGUGAUUCUUGAUAUAUAUUUGGACUAUAGGCGACUAAUGCCUUCUACUGAUGUUUUGUUUUUCUUCCUUUGACUGAGGAAAAUGAUUGUUUUUAGUGUAUGAAAAUAUGUGCCAAAACAUCUAUCCAAUGACCAUGACACUUUGCUUAGGGAUUAUUUCUGAAAUUGAUAUGCGCAAUUUCAU